GAUCACUACCCCGCGAUUCUGUUUAACAGAUGUUCACACGUAAGUAUGCGCACGGCCUAACGAACUGACUAGACUGAGCCGCAAGUCAAGAACAAAAUAAAGCGAAAAAUCGACGCACACCUUCAUACCGUGGGAAAACGGAAUCCGGCAGACGGCCAAUAUCUUCGACCUUGCGGAGAUGCGCAGCUGCGGAAAAGGCACGCCGCCAUCCAUCCCUGGCCACAGAUUUUCGUCCCCAAGCAGGAAAAGAAACAGAAACAAGAACCCGCCCAAGGCCUCUUCUUCUCACAGCCAGUUCCAUUAUAUCUUGUAUUCCGUCAGAGUCGAAAGCGGGUUUGGUAACACAACGCGCGGGAAAUCAAGGGUCUAAAUAGCCACAGACAAAAGGCCAUAGUCAUUAGGAAAUCAGGCAGUCUCUUCUCCCUUUUCCCCCGCUCUGUUCCUUUUUUCAACUUUGCCUUGACCCUUUGUUUACUCCCUCCCACCAGCGUGCAAACACCCAAGGAAAGAGUAUGAAUAAAUAGGUUAUGACAAUCCUGUUGCUUCAAGGAGCCAAGUGCGGAGGUAUCAUUAACAUCAUUAUUGGAUACAUCAAAGAGGCAGGCAAGAGUUCAUGGAAUCCAUAGGAGCUACUGAAGCGUUAGCUAGUGAUUGGGCCAGCGGCGGGGGUGUCAAGGAGUAUCGUAUCGUUCGUUACUUGGUAGUAUUUAAUAUGAUUUGCGAGGGACCCACAGUGAGAUUAGUGCAGCAAAGGACAGUAUAGUAUAUCCAGUAACUUGUAAGCAGAAGACAAGAGGUAGCUAUCCUUAGUAUCCUUUAUCCUUUAUACAGCCUGUCUUCCAGUACCCAUCCCAUCCAUGUGUGAAAAAAGACAAUUUUUCCCCAAGGUUCAGUCCACCGGCCGGAUCCUUAGUCAGUCCUUAUGUAACUCAUGCCUCAACCGAGCUGUUGGAGCUAGCUCAGGCUGUACAUCCGGGUACAUCCAUCCAACUGUCCCCAGCAUGUAGCAUAAUAAUACUCUUUAUUAUUCUUCAAAAAUCAUGGUUUUGCAGUCUCAUGUUCCACCGUGUCUUGUUCGCUGCUCCUCCGCCUUUGGGCUCUCCAAGUUGUGACCUUGCUUUCGUCGGGCCUCGAGAUCAGAAAGUUGGUCCUCCCCCACCUAUAUCGAGCUAUAUCAAGCAGCUCUCACCGACAAUCUUGAGCUGGCAAGCCUCGUUUUCCAAGGCAUCUAACCCCUCAGCUCUUUCUUAAGGCAAGCUCGUGGUGGCCCAGGCUAUUUCUUCUCGCUACCGACCCGUUUUACCCCAACCAUAGCAACAGCAGAUCUAUAUUUAACAUUAACAAUAAUACGCUUUUAACAAACUUCCUCCCAGAAAAAUACUCAAGAGUUUGCAAAGAACGACUUGCUCCUAGCUCUUAGUUUCCGGCGCCUAGCAGACAGCAUGGAUGGCGUCUCUGGGAAGGUGCUGGGCCACGUCCACCAACGCCCAGCGGCAAAUUAUGGCCUGACCAUUCAAAUUCUCCGCAGCCUAGCUCUCCUGACCUGGUUCAACUGCUGCUGCGUCUGCAUUGUCGCUACCCAGCUCGUGGGUGCCCCUCUCUAUUUUAUCAACCGCCAGUACUUCAACUCCUACAUGGCCAUGACGAAACGCUCCUUUGGCAUCGCCAUCACCGCUCUGACGGAAUGGGGUUGCCCGACGCCUAUCCGGGUCAGUGGGGACAAGAGUGUGCAAGGCCAGUUCUCCCUGACAAAGGAUGGUAAUGUGGAAACCUCGUUUCCCGAACGAAUGGUUCUGAUUGCCAACCAUCAGGUCUACACCGAUUGGCUGUACCUGUGGUGGUUCUCCUACACCUCUCAGAUGCACGGCCAUAUAUACAUCAUACUCAAAGAGUCGCUGAAAUAUAUUCCCCUGAUUGGCCAAGGGAUGAUGUUCUACGGCUUCAUUUUCAUGGCGAGAAAGUGGAUUUCGGAUAAACCUCGGUUGCAGCAUCGCCUCGAGAAACUGAAAACGGUCCAUGAGGAGGGUAGAUCUGGUUCACGGGUUCUGGACCCGAUGUGGCUCCUGAUAUUUCCUGAGGGUACGAAUCUGUCACGGAAUACGAAACGGAUCAGUGACGCAUACGGUGCGAAGCAAGGGAUCCCGCCGUUGCGUCACCAGAUUCUGCCACGUUCAACAGGCUUGUUUUUCUGUUUGCAACAGCUCAAGGGGACUAUUGAUUGGGUGUAUGAUUGUACAGUUGGCUAUGAGGGACCACCAAAGGGCAGCUAUCCAGACGCCUACUUCACCAUUCGCUCGACUUAUCUAAAAGGCCGCCCUCCUAAAGUUGUAAACUUCUACUGGAGACGUUUUGCCGUUGCCGAGAUUCCCUUGGAUGACCAAAAGGAGUUCGAGGCAUGGAUACACGAGCGCUGGCUCGAGAAAGACGACCUCCUUGAACGGUUUUACGAAACGGGCCGGUUCCCGCCCUGCGAGUGGGAACCUUCCUCAAACGGUGAUUUACAGAAACAAAACGAAGAUGGCGCUAGUGUAAAGCCCAACAACCCAAGCUAUUAUGAGUCUGCAGUCAAGCUAACGUGGUGGGGGGAGUCGCUCCAGAUUUUUGCUGUUCUAGUUGGUCUUGGCGCUUUCUUUUGUCUAUUCCCUAGGUUUUGGAGAGUUGGGACUUGAUCUGUUUGUCUCUCUCAUUUCUUUAUUCUUUUGAAUUUUCUCAUGACGUGGUGUGCUGGUGGAAUAUAUACCCUUGUUGAACGGAGCUGUUUCUUUUUGGAAAGGAUAUCUACUUUUCUUCCGGUUUUUGGGCUCUCUCUCGUUUUUUACCCUCUCUAAUAGAGCGGUAAUGAUUUAAGCGGGUUAACUUGAAGCAUAUUUUGGGACACUCUCGUCUUAUGAUUUAUACCAAAUGACGCUUCAUACCUCACAUUUGAGCACUCUCCACUCGGAUUUUUUUAAGAAGCCAUGGGCAGCGGAACAGCGAACCAGUUUUGGUAGUCGUUGGUUUAAAUAAUUGUCUAUUUAAUAAGAAGCAAUCAAUACAACCCAACGAUGUUACUAUCUAUGUUAAUUUGGCUGCUAAUAUCGACAUUGGUAUUCCUCCCCAUGUGUCAGGUCACGGG